AUGCUAGGGAAUGGCAUGCCUCGCAUUGGUUGUGAUCCUUCCAGUUCAAUUGGAGGCGCGAAUUUUCCGUCUCUUAUGCUCCGUAAUAACACCCCCACGAACGCUACAUCAACAGCGUUGAGUCGACAGACAUUCUCGAGUACGAGGAGCGGGGAGGCCAAGGGGUUCGCUGGCAUUCUAUUAGACCGGCUGCUGUCGCUUGGAAGUCCAUCGUCACGCCCCAACAAGCCCAGUUCUUCUGCAGCAAAGCGAAACUAUGAUUCGUAUGAUGUCACGUUUGCUCGCGGUCCUGUGGGGCUGGACCUCGAGACCGAUUGGUACGGACGUCAAGCUGUCGUAAAAGGAUUUCGAGCUAUCAACGCAGCAGGCGACGAAGGGCCAGCUAAACGCUGCGGGAUGAUUCGAGUUGGCGAUGUCCUCACUGCAAUCAACGGCGAAUCCUGUCUCGAGAUGAACUUCCAGGAAACUUUGGAGGCUCUUCGUCGAGCAGGAAAAUCUCGCCACACUCUUCACUUCAAAUCACUUGAGGCUGCAGGUGACUUAAGCGUUUACGCGAGCGACAAGGACGUCGUACAAGCGCGAGCUUUCAUUCACCAACAUAAACAACAAUUCUAUCGACCUCCUCGGGUCAAUGAAGGUGAGAACCCUCACGAGUUGGUACGCGGGUGUGUUGAGCGACUACGAGGGGAGUUCGUCACUGCCCUAAAUUUCCACCGAGAGGAGACAGGAGAGUUCUUGCUUGCUGCCUCGUGUGGUAGUGACGGUACCGGGCCUUUCGUUUUCCACACACUGCGAGACUCUCAUCUGCGAACAAUGCGUGAGCUUCCACAAAGCGAGGAAUCUGCUGUGUACUUGGGUCGUCUCGAGCCGAGCUUCCUGGGCACUGAGUUCACAUUGUUUGAUCACCACAUCGGCACCAAUCACGACAACGAGCUCGCGUUCCUGGUCUACACUGCUAACGUUCUUGGUCGUGUGCCAAAUUCGCUGAAGUGCGUCGUGUCCAAGUCUGUGACUGAGCACAAUGAGGACGGUCUGGAAGCUCCAUACAAGCCAUCGUCUCUGAGUCAGCAGCGAUCUGGAAUGGGUAGCGAUGGCGCCGUAUUCAACACACACCAGGUACGACUCGGUAGGAGCUCCAGUCUUUCGGAUCGAUUUAACCGCCAGCAGCAAUCGCGCGGUAUGUCGAUCACUGAACGGCUGAGGAACAUUACGCUGGACGAGUUGGACUUGCGCUUCGAGAUGGCUACAGAUGGGGCUCUUAGCUGGUUGGACGACGACGACGUUGAAGGCCAUUCACGCUCCAUGCGUGUCAAACAGGCUCGACUCAGAGGUGAGCGUACAGCCUCCAUGAAGCAAAUCUCGUAUGGCGCAGUGGAGCAAGAGGAGCACCAGAAAGACUUGCUUGUCUUCGAUACGAAGCAGCCUUCGUGGAAUGAGGAACUUGGAGCAUGGACGUUGAACUUUCAGGGCCGCGUGAAGGUCGCUUCAAAGAAGAAUUUCCUGCUGGUCACGAGUGAAACGAAUGAGAACGGCGAAGACGAGGAAAUCACAGCUCUACGCUUCGGCAAAGUGUCGAAAACUCGCUUCUCGCUGGACUACGCAGCUCCUCUAGCCCCCAUCCAGGCACUCGCUGUCGCCUGUUCGGCUUUUGCUAACAAGAGAGCUGUCACGUAGGUACGUAUUAUCGCUUGCACAGACAGAUUAUCUUUCACUCAAAACGCGUCAUAAUAUGUUGAAUCUAUCA